AUGUCAGACUUCUCUAUGGUUGUAUAUUUUGUUGGUUCAUACAUGAUGGUGCUCUUAUUAUAUAUUGAUGACGUCAUUUUAACUGGUUCUUCAAAUAUUCUACUUGAAAAAUUGGUUAAAUAUCUGGGUUCUUCUUUUGAAAUGAAGCAGUUAGGUGAUUUUCACUACUUCUUAGGAUUAGAAGCUGUAAGAACAUCAGAUGCCAUAAAGUUAACACAACAGAAAUAUACAGUUGAGAUACUAUCUAAAGCUAAAAUGAUAGAAUGUAAUCCAUGUAGUACUCCUGUAUCUAAAGGGCCAAGACUUUCAGUUGAUAAUGGUAUUCUUUUAACAGAUGUUUCAGAAUAUAGAAUUAUAGUAGGUAUGCUUCAGUAUCUCUGUUUAACAAGACCGGACAUUUGUUUUGGAGUUAAUUAUGUAAGUCAGUUCAUGCAUGAUCCUACUGACUUACAUAUGAAGCUAGUGAAGAGAAUAUUAAGAUAUCUUAAAGGAAUAAUUGGUUAUGGUAUAACUUUGAGAAAAGGAGAUGUUAAUACUUUAACUGCUUCUUCAGACUCUGAGAAGAACUCCAAUUCUCAGGCAAACUUGAUCGGUUGGAGUUAA